GGAUCAUUCAUUAAUCUUUAAUAUUUGCUAUUGAUUUAAUACUAAUACAUAGUAGCUUUCUUUAAAAAAAUACAGUUAAUGAUGGACAGUUAAAUUCAGUUAAUUGCAUCAAUCAAAUGUAGAACAACACAGAAGGAGCUUGAAGCAGCAUUGAUUUUGUGAUCCUCUGUAGAAAGCAUUGUCUUUUCACUCUGUUUUUCGACAUAUUCAUCGUGGUGUGGAAUAAAGCAGCAUUCUCCCACAAGCUUAUGUGUUGGAAAGAGUUUAUCUGUCUGUCUAACUUUGGGAAGAGUGACGCCAUUGUGAGGGCAGAACAGUGAAAAGACAUACUCAACAGUGAUUACAACAACAGUCAAUUAUCUUCCUUCUUCUCAAACAAUCUACAGUAAAAUGCUAUCAAAGGAAAACAUAAGCCUUGCAACCAGAUCAGUGUGUUCACAUUCACACAAUUCAUCAAGAUCAACACAUUCAAGAAGAUCAGCAGCCAGUCUUAUAGCAAUAGAGGCUCGAGCCAAAGCUGAAGCUGCCCGAGCGAGAGCAGCAUAUUCUCAAAGAGAGAUUGAAAUUAAAGUAAAGAAAGCUCAACUACAGGUAGAGGAGACACGCUUAGAGGCUACAUUAGAAGCACUCCAGCAAGAGAAAGAGGCAGAAGCUGCCUUAGCUGAAGCUACAGCAUAUGAAGCCAUUGAUGGAGCUGACAUAGAAAAGUCAUCUGAAAAUGAAUGUAAACAAAAGAGCUCUACUUUCAAUGCACUUAAGCGGACUGAUGAAUAUGUUCAGGAUCAAAAUGCUUACAAAAACAAGCAUCAUCAAGCUUCAAAACAAACACCACUACUUCAGUCGGCUGACAGAGAACAGCAAAAUGCUCUUCCAUCUUAUAGGCAGUCUAUUCAAUAUUCUCAAGAAACACCUCAGCAUGUCAAUUCAUACAGUGAGCCACUCCUUCAGUCACAGAACACACAUGACAGUAUUCGACCUAUCAGAGUACCUGAAAAAGAAGAAAAUACAAUAACUCAUUACACUCAGCCAUCAAAUUACUGUACUUCGAACAUGAAUUACUCACCUGAUGUGGGAAAUGAGCCACAUGCUGCAAAACCUGAAAACUCAGAGAUAUUAAAUUUAGCCAAGUUCUUAGCACGCAGAGACCUGCUCACUGCUGGACUCAUAAAGUUUGAUGACAAACCAGAGAAUUACUUGGCAUGGAAAUCAACAUUCUCAAAUGCAAUAGAAGACCUGAACUUAAAACCUUCUGAAGAGCUCGACUUGCUGACUAAGUGGCUUGGUCCAGAAUCAGCCGAACACGCUCGCCGAAUAAGAUCAGUUCAUAUUAACUAUCCUGCAGUCGGGCUCAGUAGAAUUUGGGAAAGACUGGAACAGUGCUACGGCUCUGCAGAAGCUAUAGAGUCAGCACUCCUAAAUAAAGUUGACUGCUUUCCUAGAAUCUCUAAUAGGGACCCACAGUGUCUCAGGGAACUAGCAGAUUUACUGUCAGAGAUUGAAUCUGCCAAAAUGGAUGGAUACUUACCUGGUUUGUCUUACCUGGACACUGCACGAGGCAUUGCCCCUAUACUUGAGAAGCUGCCAUUUGCCCUCCAGGAGAAGUGGAUGCGACAAGGGUCUAGAUAUAAGCAAGAACAAAAUGUCAGCUUUCCUCCCUUCUCAUUUUUCUCCACCUUUAUCAGAAAUGAGGCUCAUAUGAGAAAUGACCCCAGUUUUAAAUUCAAUCUGCCAAACACAAUGCAACCCACAGGACAGAAGUUUUCCUUCAGAGAAAAAAGACUACCUGUUGCUGUGCACAAGACUGAAGUAGAGCAUGGAAUUCCUACAGUAAAAUCUAAGCUGGUUGGAGAAGACUUCAGCAAACAGUGUCCUAUUCAUAAAAAACCACACCCGCUCCACAAAUGCAGGGGCUUUAGGGAAAAACCCAUAGAUGAGCGCAAAGCCUUUUUAAAGGAACACGCUAUAUGUUUCCGCUGCUGCUCUUCAACAUCUCACCAAGCCAGGAAUUGUACCUCAACCAUUCAGUGUUCAGAAUGUGACAGUGAAAGACACAUAGCAGCCCUUCAUCCUGGUCCAGCGCCCUGGUCUAAAAAUGAAACGGUCAGACCUGUGAUACACCAUGGCGGGGAGGAUGAUGAAAAAACCAUAACAACUGUCGCCACAUCCAGCUGCACAAAGGUCUGUGGUAAUGGUUUCAGAGGAAGAUCAUGCUCCAAGAUCUGCCUAGUUAAUAUAUAUUGUAAAGAUCAUCCUCAAAUAAAGUUGAAAACCUAUGCUAUUCUAGACGACCAGAGUAACAAGUCUUUAGCAAAAUCCACCUUCUUCGACAAAUUUAAUGUCAUUGACCAUGCAUCUCCUUACACACUGAAGACAUGUACAGGUACAUCAGAAAUCUUAGGACGCAGAGCAAAGGGUUUCAUUAUAGAAUCAAUCAAUGACAGUGCCAGUUUUACACUUCCCACACUUAUUGAGUGUAAUGAACUUCCCGACAACAGAGCUGAAAUCCCUACUCCUGAUGCUGCCUGGAACCAUGCUCACCUGAAAUCAGUAGCUCAUAAGAUACCUCCACUUGACCCUGAAGCUGAGAUUCUUCUUCUUCUUGGAAGAGACAUCAUUGAAGUGCACAAAGUAUUGGAACAGCGCAAUGGUCCUCGACAUGCUCCUUUCGCUCAGAAGUUAGCUUUGGGAUGGGUAAUAAUAGGAGAUGUCUGCCUGGAUGGUGCCCACAAACCAUGUGAAGUUAAUACUUUCAAAACAAGCAUUUUCAUGAAUGGACGCCCAAGCCAAAUGGAACCCUGUGAAAACAAUAUUCAAAUCAAAGAGAAGUUUUGCCAUUACAAUGAACAUCUGACUUCACUGGCACCAUCUUUGAAACUAGAAUUUGCAACAACACACACAAAGAGCAAUACAACAGAUAUCUUCCAGUCCACAAAAGAUGAUGACAAACUAGCUCCAUCAAUGGAAGAUCUCGUCUUUCUGAAGAUAAUGCAAAAAGAAGUAUAUCAAGAUGAAUCAAACAGCUGGGUUGCUCCACUUCCCUUUCGCAGCCCACGUCAAAGACUUCCUAAUAACAGGCAACAAGCAAGUAACCGGCUCCAGUCACUCACACGUACGCUGAAAAAACACCCACGCAUGAAGGACCAUUUUCUGGAGUUCAUGACUAAGAUGUUUGAAAACAGGCAUGCAGAACCUGCACCACCUCUUUCCAAAAAUGAAGAGUGCUGGUACCUUCCAAUCUUUGGGGUCUAUCACCCACAAAAACCAGAUCAAAUUAGAGUUGUUUUUGAUUCCAGUGCUCAACAUCAUGGAGUAUCUUUGAAUAGUGUCCUCCUUACUGGGCCCAACAUGAAUAACAGCCUGCUUGGAGUUUUGCUGCGCUUCAGAAAAGAAAAGGUUGCCAUAACAGCUGACAUCCAACAAAUGUUUCAUUGCUUUGUGGUCAGAGAAGACCACCGCAACUUCUUACGUUUCCUCUGGUACCGUAAUAAUGACCUAGAAAAUGAAGUUGUGGAAUUCAGAAUGCGAGUGCAUGUCUUCGGCAACAGUCCCUCACCAGCUGUGGCUAUGUAUGGGCUCAAGAAAGCUGCCUUGGAAGGGGAGAAGGAACAUGGUUCAGAUGUAAAACAGUUCAUUGAGAGGAACUUUUAUGUCGAUGAUGCUUUGGUAUCCCUACCUACCGAACAAGAAGCCAUCACACUCCUUAGAAAUGCCCAAGCCAUACUGGCAGCUUCAAAUCUUCGCCUACACAAGAUAGCCUCAAACAAAAUUGAAGUAAUGAGAGCAUUCCCUCCUGACGAUUUAGCAGAGAACCUGAAGGACUUAAACCUUGCUGCUGACCUUCCUCAUAUGCAGAGAAGCUUAGGGGUCAGCUGGGAUGUUGCAAAAGACAACUUCACCUUUCAGGUGCCAGAUGAUGAGAAACCUUACACAAGACGUGGAAUCUUGUCUACAGUGAACAGUCUAUUUGAUCCAUUUGGAUUUGCAGCACCUGUAAUCAUUAAAGGUAGAUCUUUACUCAGAGAGCUCACCAUGGAGACAUGUGACUGGGAUGCUCCUCUGUCAGACAACAUGUUCAAGGAAUGGAAAACAUGGAGAAAUUCAUUGAAAGAACUGGAGAAAAUUACAAUCUCCAGAGCAUACACCCCCACCACUCUCAGUAAUGCACAGAAAAAGGAAAUGUGCAUUUUCAGUGAUGCCUCUAUCACUGCUAUCGCUGCUGUUGCUUAUUUAAAGACCACUGAUUCAGAUGGCAAAAUAAAUGUUGGGUUUAUUUAUGGAAAAGCCAAGCUCACUCCUCGUCCUGAACUUACAAUUCCAAGGCUUGAGUUAUGUGCAGCAGUACUUGCAGUAGAGAUAGCUGAAACUGUCACAGAUGAGAUUGAUGUCAAAUUUGAUGCAGUCACUUUCUACUCAGACAGUAAAGUUGUCCUGGGAUACAUUCACAAUGAAUCCAGGAGAUUUUACGUGUAUGUGAACAAUCGAGUACAGCGUAUAAGAAGAUCCACCUCUCCUGAGCAGUGGAAAUAUGUCCCUACUAACCACAACCCUGCUGAUCAUGCUUCAAGAUCAGUCUCGGCUGAAAACUUAAUGAACAGCACAUGGCUGACAGGACCAGCAUUCUUGUACAAGUCAGUUGAACAUGAAACAACACCUUCAACUACCAUAGACUUAGUUGAUCCUGAAUCCGAUGCUGAGAUUCGCCCCGAGGUCAGUGUUUGUGCUACUGAAGUCGUCUGUCAUAAAUUUAACACUUCAUACUUUGAGAAGUUCUCAGACUGGCAACGUCUUAUAAAUACUAUUUCAAGGCUAAAACACAUCACUCACUCCUUCAGCAAUGACAACAAAUCAAAGGAAUGCAGAGGAUGGCACAUUUGUCAUAAACCACAUUCAGUAGAAGAUCUGCAAAGUGCUAAGGAUCUCAUAAUACGCAGCCUGCAACAGGAGACCUUUCAGGAUGAACUAAGGUGCCUUGAGAGAAAAACACAUGUCUCUAAAAACAGUCCUCUCUUCAAUCUGUGCCCAUACAUUGAUGAGUCAGGCUUACUUAGGAUUGGAGGCCGCUUAUCCCAAUCAGCCUUUGAGAAAAAUGAAGUCAACCCUUUAAUCUUACCUGGUCGUUGUCACGUCACAACCUUACUCAUUCGACAUUAUCACUCUCAGGUUCAACAUCAAGGACGCCAUUUCACAGAAGGUGCCUUAAGAGCUGCAGGUCUGUGGAUUAUUGGUGGAAAAAGAAGAAUUAGUAGCAUUAUCCAUCAUUGUGUCACCUGUCGAAAACUGAGAGGAAAGAUAGAAACACAAAAAAUGUCUGACUUACCUGUGGACCGCCUCAGUACUAAUCCUCCAUUCUCUUAUGUCGGAUUGGAUGUAUUUGGACCAUGGAAAAUCACAUCACGACGAACCAGAGGAGGUCUCGCUAACAGCAAAUGCUGGGCAGUACUCUUCACAUGCAUGAGCACAAGAGCUAUACACAUCGAGGUGAUUGAAUCACUGGACACUUCAAGCUUCAUAAAUGCUCUACGAAGAUUCUUCUCCAUCCGCGGACCAGCUAAACAGAUUAGAUCUGACUGUGGAACCAACUUUGUUGGGGCAAGUAAAGAACUAAAAUUCAGUACAGACACAAAUAAAAAAGAAAUACAGAAUUUCCUAAGUCACAACGGCUGCACUUGGAGUUUCAACCCACCACACUCAUCACACAUGGGAGGCAGCUGGGAACGCAUGAUAGGCAUCACCAGGCGGAUCCUUGAUGCUAUGUUACUGAAUAUCAGUCAAGUAAAAUUCACCCAUGAAGUCCUCAUCACAUUCAUGGCAGAGGUUUCAGCUAUUGUAAAUGCUCGUCCAUUAAUACCAGUAUCAACGGAUCCAAACAAUCCACUCAUCCUCUCCCCAGCAACACUUCUCACACAAAAGACUGGCACACUUCCACCUCCAAAUGGCAACUUCAAAGAAAGGAACCUCUACGUUUGCCAGUGGAGACAAGUUCAAAGUUUAGCCAACACCUUUUGGCAUCGAUGGAGAAGGGAGUAUUUAAGCACUCUUCAAAAUCGGAGAAAGUGGCAAAGAGAAGAACGUAACCUUCAACCUGGAGACGUAGUUCUCCUCAAGGAAGGUCAAGUUCAAAGAAAUGACUGGCCCAUGGGCAUUAUACAAAAGAGUUUCCCAGGUAAUGAUGGAAGAGUCAGGAAGGUUGAAGUUAAGACAAUAAAAGAUGGAAUACCAAAGGUCUACUUACGUCCCAUCUCCGACACAGUCCUUCUCCUGCCGUCAAAGAUGGAAUAAGAGGUGUCGUGUUCAAUGAUGACAUCCUACGGAUGCCAGGCGAGGAGUGUUCUGGAUCAUUCAUUAAUCUUUAAUAUUUGCUAUUGAUUUAAUACUAAUACAUAGUAGCUUUCUUUAAAAAAAUACAGUUAAUGAUGGACAGUUAAAUUCAGUUAAUUGCAUCAAUCAAAUGUAGAACAACACAGAAGGAGCUUGAAGCAGCAUUGAUUUUGUGAUCCUCUGUAGAAAGCAUUGUCUGUAAGUUUGUGAUUAAUUUUUACUCAGUUGUUUGUUAAAUUUACCAUUUAUAAAGCUAAGUAAUGUGGAAUUUCAGCUAUUUUAGAACUAUAUACAAUGAAUUCAUGUUAGUGUUAUGUUUUUGAGAUAACUAAGUAGUUCUAUUGUAUUUACAUCUCCUUUCUGUAGUUUCACUCUGUUUUUCGACAUAUUCAUCGUGGUGUGGAAUAAAGCAGCAUUCUCCCACAAGCUUAUGUGUUGGAAAGAGUUUAUCUGUCUGUCUAACUUUGGGAAGAGUGACGCCAUUGUGAGGGC